GCGACGCGCAACGAAAAAAAAAAAGAAAAGCGAGCGAGAGAAAGAGAGGCGUGCCGCGUGCGCGGAAAAUCUCAUCGCUUCCGCCGCGCACACGCGCUGCUCGGGCUUCGGAGAGGAGAGGAAGAGAGCUCUGGACCAUUUUAAAAGCGCGAUUCCCACCUGCGAAUCCCUCCACACGCUCCCCCCCUUGAUCGAGCUCGGAGCUCGCCUCCCCCGCCCCGGCGCCGGUGCUCCGGCCGAAUUUGGUGCCUCUUUUUGAUCGUUCUUGUUGGUUUUCUCUCUCUGUCGCCGCCGGCGGGCUCGCCGCUCCGGCUGCGGCGGCGUGCUGCUCGUUUGAAUUCCGGCGGUUUAUUGGUCCGUCUCUUUUUUUUUUCCUCUCUUCUUUCCGUUGCUGUCACCACCACGGGUGUCUCGUGUGUGUCUGUCCCCAAAACCUCCUUACCUCCUCCGCGUCUCCUCGCGAUCACGGCGGUCCGGCGCGUUCGCUGGCAGGGGAGAGGGAAGGAAGGUGGCGUCUGUCUGUCUCGAUCUGCCGACGCUGGCCGUGGUGGCGUCAGGGGGUCUCACCGUCUUCCCCACGGCUCUUCUUCCCGAGGGCGGCUCGCGUCCAAGUCGCGCCAUUUAUUAGUCUUUGAGGUCAAUCUCGACCGCUACCUGUGCUUGACUGUUGCCGUGCUUGCCCCGUGAGGGCUCCCUUUCGGCGAAGAGGGGAGGGAGAGAGGGAGACCUCUUCUUCGUCGUCGUCCAAUGCCGGAGUGAGUGACAGGUUUGGUGUGGUGCGCCGCCGCGAUGGGCUGCGUCGCAUCCAAGAACACCGUCUCGGUGACGCCGGCGGUGGACUCGUCGGGGGCGCUGCGGGAGAGGAGCCUGCCGCGCGCGCCGGAGCCCGCGGCGACGGUGGUGUCCGUCACCGCGUCCUCGCUGCGCUGUUCGUCGGCGGCGGCGAGGAGGUCGGAGAAGAAGAAGGACGAGGCGGAGGAGCCGGCGGAGAAGGCCGUCAUCGCCGCGGCGACCGCGUCCCGGAGCUUCCGGCUGCGGAGCCUCCGGAGGAGCCUGGAGGGGGAGCAGGUGGCCGCCGGCUGGCCGCCGUGGCUCAGCGCCGUCGCCGGGGAGGCCAUCCAGGGAUGGAUCCCUCUCAAAGCUGACUCCUUUGAGAAGCUGGAGAAGGUUGGGCAAGGCACCUAUAGCAGUGUAUUCAGGGCACGUGAUCUUGAUACUGGAAAGAUUGUCGCCUUGAAGAAGGUGCGAUUUGACAAUUUUGAGCCAGAGAGUGUUAGAUUCAUGGCAAGGGAGAUACAAAUAUUAAGAAGGCUUGAUCAUCCAAAUGUUAUGAAGCUAGAAGGCUUGAUUACUUCUCGGUUAUCAUGCAGCCUUUAUCUAGUAUUUGAAUACAUGGAGCAUGAUCUUGCUGGACUUUCUUCCUCCCCUGACAUCAAGUUUAGUGAAGCACAGGUCAAGUGCUACAUGAACCAGUUACUGUCAGGACUGGAGCAUUGUCAUUCACGUCGUAUUGUACAUCGUGACAUCAAGGGUGCCAAUCUCCUUGUGAAUAACGAAGGGGUUCUAAAAAUAGCUGAUUUUGGUCUUGCUAAUUACUUUGACCCCAACAAAAACCAUCCGCUGACCAGCCGUGUCGUUACACUAUGGUAUCGACCACCUGAACUGCUACUAGGUUCAACUCACUAUGAUGCAGCGGUUGAUUUGUGGAGUGUUGGGUGUGUAUUUGCUGAACUGUUCCGAGGAAAACCGAUCCUGCAGGGAAGAACUGAGGUGGAGCAACUUCAUAAGAUCUUUAAGCUAUGUGGCUCCCCUGCUGAUGAGUACUGGAAGAAGUCGAAGCUGCCUCAUGCGACAAUAUUCAAACCACAUUGUCCUUAUCCAAGUACCCUUCAAGAUGUUUUCAAAGAAAUACCAGCAAACGCAUUGAGCUUACUAGAAACUCUUCUAUCAGUGGAGCCCUACAAGCGUGGUACUGCAUCUGGUGCUCUUACAUCUGAGUUUUUCAAGACAAAGCCUUACGCAUGUGAUCCCUCAAGCCUGCCUAAGUACGCACCCAACAAGGAGAUGGAUGCAAAAUUACGAGAAGAUUCACACAGGAGAAAGGCUGGCAGAGGUCAUGGGCCAGAAGCAUCAAGGAAAUCAAGGCUCAGCAGAGCCCCAAGAGAAACAGCUACAGUCAAUAAGCAAACCGAUAGCAAAGAGGAGGCCAAAACUAAAGAAAAUGGAACCAAAGAUAGCACAAUACUGGAUCGCACAAAGGUAAAUGGUGACGCUAGGCUAUUUGCAGACAUACAGCCAGUUUCAGUGGCCCAAGUCAAAGAAAGGGCCCGCCAUGUUAAGAAUGAUUCACGAGAGGAAAUCCCAUUCUCUGGGCCGUUGAUUGUUUCAUCAUCUAGUGGCUUUGCUUGGGCUAAAAAACAACCAGAAGAUCGUUCUUUUGCUAGAUCUCGGACCAGAUCUAGUUCAAGGAGUCAAUUUACUGCUGGGUUAGAUCAGGACAAUAAGUUGCCAGCUAAAGAGAACCAGAACCUUGGCUUGAAGGAACAACCUAACAGAGAUGGGCAUGUAGCACGUGUCAACUCCAAAGUUCGAGAGCCUCAUGAUGCAGCAAAGCGUACAGCUCUGAAGAAAUGGUCACAGUUAGAACGUCCGGAUUCAUUCGAUUCUUGUGACACUUACCACUCUCAGAAUUUUUCCAAUGCGAUGUAUCUUGGGGAUACUCUCUCAUCAAAAAACAGCAUCAAGGGUGACCAUGAGCAAGGAGAGAGGGUUGAAUAUUCUGGCCCUUUGUUAUCUCAGUCACACAAGGUUGAUGAACUGUUAGAGAAACAUGAGCGCCACAUCCGGCAAGUAGUUCGAAAAUCGUGGUUCAGUAGAGGAAAAAAAUAAUACAAGUGCGUAUAAACCUGGCCAUUUUUGCGUUGGAGAAGCAGCACCUGAGGUACAUAGCAUGGCAGCGAAGGGGAUGUCAGUUUCCGAUGCUGUCAGAAUCGAAAAGUCGCUUUUGGUGGUAAUAUUGUUGAUAAGAUGAAGACCCAACUGGAAUCAUUACAUGAUUCUCAUAUCACAGUAAAAACGAAACUGUGCCUCACUGCUUCUAAUAGAUAAUAACUUGGCACUACUUGUAGAUUCCCCAAGGACUCCUGUGUCACAUCCACCACAGAAUGGAAUGGUGUCUCUCUUUAUUUCUUUCUUCUUUUCCUCUCCACCAUGUGCCUAGGAAUAACAACUGACAAGUGUGGUUAAUUCGAGUGGUCAUUGAGUUGAACCAAUCAGUUAUUUGUGUAGCCGAACCAAUAACCACCACAGAAUGGUGCAGUUCUUG